GCGUCUAUGGAUGACUUAUCUCUGAGGGCCACGUUCCAUGUUAACCCGGGCUUUUGGUUGUGGUUGGGCUCGGCGGAAAUUCAUGCAGUGUUCCGAAGAGCCGUCAGAUGAUGCUCUGGGCAGCACCGGCCAUACAGAGAAUACUGUUACAGUACUAGUAGCAUCUACAGGUAGGCUCUCCGCAUCAGGGUAUCCCCGGCUUCAAUAAUCUACCUGGUAGGUCCGUCUGGGAAUUACAGCUUGCGCCUGUUUGCCAGACGUGGGGUGUCAAUAUGCUGCCAAACUCUUCCCUCUCCUUCAUCCUACCGCUGAUAGCACUAGCCAUAUACCUCCAGUCUGGGGCUUUGUGGAGUUUGGUUGGACGAGUCGACAUAGACAAAACGAGACUCGUGCGUUGGGAGAACAGCACUGCCCUAAACAAUGGCGAUUGCGAGGUGGUACACGCAGCCAAUGCAUGCGAGGAUGUAAAAAUAUACCAUGCCUCACAUACAGCCUUUCUGGCAUGCGGAGACCCUCUGGAGCGAACUCACUGGUAUCCUUGUGCUGGUACGCGCGACGCCGAACGCCGGGCAGAGUCCUCCUUUCGUGAGCAGCUAUUCAAACACGACUUGAAGACUGGUCAGACAACGGAGCUUAAGGUGCAUGGUCUCAACGGAGACUUUAUCACCCACGGGAUCGAUAUUUUGUCAGUGCCAGAUAAUCCCUCAAAGAUCCAUAUUUUCGCAGUUAAUCAUGCGCGAAAUGGAGAUUCAAUCGCCAUCUUCAAGCAUGACUUGGGCUCUGAUGCUGUCCACUUGGUCAAGAAUGUCAAGCAUCCAAAUAUCAAAACAGCGAAUGGUGUCGCUGCCACCGGUCUAUUGAGCUUUUUCGUAACCAACGACCAUUUUGCUGCGAAGGGCCCUUUGCGAAUAUUAGAAGAGAAGUACGGGCCUUUUACGUGGUCGAGCAAUGUGCAACAUUGCGAUGCAUCAUCCGAGGAAGUCAGUUGCAAGCGCGUCGGGGGGAAUUUCCCUAAUGCCAAUGGCAUCAACCUGUGGGAAGACAGGCUGUUUGUUGGCGAUUCCAGCAACGGCACCGUUACAAUCUUCCAUAUCGAGGAUGACAAGACGCUCACAAAGCUCCAGGUCGUUGAUGUAGGGGCUGGGGCGGAUAAUAUCAACAUUAUUCCAACUACAGGAGACCCCGUCGUUGCGGUGUUUCCCACCCUUGAGAACCUCCCGUCGUAUCGAGAUAAUGUGAAAUCCUUGGGCAAGGAUUUCUUGGUUCCGGCCGCGGCGCUCCGGUUGGACCACAACAAGGGGUAUGCUCCUGAGCUGCUUUACUAUGAUGACGGCUCGGUUAUCAGCUUCAUGACCGCAGUCGCCCCCGACCCCGUGAACGAUCUCCUGCUUGUGUCUGGUGUGCUGCAGUACGGGGGCUUCGCGGUUUGUAAAGUGCCUUCAGGUGCAUUUUCAUGAGCCAGAGCUACACGGCAGGAGGAGUAGGACAAACAGGCGCACUGCCAGUGAAGGCUUUCUGCUCUGGCUUCACCUGCAGAGAGGAUCUGUCUCACGAAUGUCUGAGUAUCAGCCUUGACCAGAUGGACGGGUAUGAUUAAAUUCAAUCACUGGCAAAACUUGAAGAUAGUACUUGAAUGUCAAUAGUUGCUAUAUCAACACUGCUAAUGCUGCUUUAACACUAUAAGCCCCAAUCUCACUGGCAAACUACCUAGGUAAUAAGCG